AUGUCUUUAGGAAAAAUUUCAACUCGUUUUGCUGAUAUUGAAUCAAUUUGUGAUCGAGAUGCUAUUGAUAGUUAUUUGAAUUCUCCUCUUGUGUCAUUCGAAGAAGCUAUAGUACCUAUUAACAAUUUGGUUCCUGGUAUUGCGCAAUAUGCGGCAACGGCUAAGUUAUUGUCUACUGCUCCUGCCGACAGUCUUACCGAAGAAGAAUCAGCAGCAAUCUAUCUGUAUACAAUGGAUUCGCCAUUGUAUGGCAAACUAAAUUCCGUUAUGCGAUCAACUCAUAUAAACCAUCUGAAACCAUAUUUUCUAUAUUUAAAAUUAUUUUGUACAGCCCUACGAAAGCUGCCAAGUGAAAAAGCAACUGUUUGGCGAGGUAUUCGUGCUAACAUUAGUUCUACGUAUGUAAAAGGUAAUUAUAUUGUAUGGCAUAGCCCAUCAUCUGGUUCAACCGAUGCUAGUGUAGUAACAAAUUUUCUUGAUAAGAACUCUAAAUGCACUCUAUUUCAAAUUGACUGUCGAUAUGGUAGGUCAAUCAGUAAAUACAGUGCAUUUCCUACUGAAAAUGAAAUUCUUCUGAUGCCUGGUACGAAACUUUUGGUUCGAAAUAAUCCACUGCAAUUUAACGGGUUUCAGCUUGUACAGCUGGAAGAAACAGUUAAUCCAAAUCUGAAAAAGAUGUUGACUGUUCUUCCCAAUAUUAUAAAAUCAACUGCGAUCACUAAAGUUACAUUAAAUUCGGCGGAAGUGAAACUAACCACUGAGACACUUAAUCCAAAAGUUGUACUUCCUGCUAUUAAAACAGCUACAGUCGAACAAGUGAAAAAUGAUAAUUGUGAGUAA